AUGCGCCUCUUUACAAUCCUUCUCGCGCUAGUCAGCACAGCAGCGUCCUUUGCCUCCCAAGCACCGUUUGUUACUAACCCUUCGACCCAAUCCACCACUCUCAUUGACGCACUCUCGGCUGAUCCCGACUAUACCUCUCUACUUAAGCUUCUCCAACGUGCUCUACUCGUCCCGACACUUAAUAAACUAAACGGAAGCACCCUUUUCGCACCAACCAAUGAUGCCAUUGAAAAGCAUCCGUCUUGGUCAGAGGCCUUGACGAUCGCAGAUGACGUUUACUCUGCUCGAGAUAAUGUUCAGCAGAAACUCCGACAGGAUCUACUGUAUCACCUCUUGAAUUAUUCUAUACAAGUCCUUCCCGAAGACGAUAACCCACAAGUACACAAGACGCUGCAUUUCCCUCGCAAGGAGAGCGAACCACCGUCUCGUGAACCUCCUCCGAAUCCACCCUGGUUACCUGUACCCGGCGGGACUCUUGGUGGUGAACCGCAGCGCCUUCGCGUAUAUUCCGACCAAGGAAAGGUCCUGGUUGGCACGGACGCAUUUGGAGAAGGAGGAUCUAAAGUAGUCAAGGGCGAGGUUGAUGCAGGAAAUGGAAUGUUAUUCGGCAUUGAUUCCGUGCUACAAGUCCCUCCAGAUCUCGCAUCUGUGGCAUCUCAACAACAUUCUCUCUCGUAUUUUAACAAGAUCAUUAACCCGGAUAUCAUUUCUUUACUUAAUGCGACCUCAAAAUUAACAUUAUUCCUGCCAGUCGAUAGUGCAUGGGAUGCACUACCAGACAUAGAGCGCAAGUAUUUAGAGAGCAAAUUUGCUACCGAUGAUAUUCUACAAAUCCUUAAUAUGCAUGCGGUUGUCACCGAGGGCGUUCACUGGUCAGACUCGUUCAAGCCCUCUUCUAGGCUGACAACAAUUUCUGGAUCCACUCUCGAGAUUAUUACUUCUCCCGAGUCCGGAAAAACUCUUAUUUCUUCGGCUGAGCUCCUUGAGCCGGACAUUUACGCGUCAAACGGUGUCUUGCACACCGUUUCUUCCCUGCUAAUUCCUCCAGGAGCAUUCAACAUUACACCCGAGAAGUACCUAUUGACUCUGAACUGCACGACCUUCGUCUCCAAGCUGCACUCCGUGGACCUUACCCCGUUAAUUAAUGAUACCUCGGUGCAAUAUACGAUCCUUGCACCUAGCGACGAUGUCCUCGCCCUCUCCGGUGAUGACGACCUUCCAGACGAGGGAAGUGACGAGCUGAAGCGAACUUUGAGCUAUCAUUUUCUCCCGGGAAAGUGGACUCCAAAGAAACUUAAAGAUGGAGCACUGGUCGAGACCGCGCUAGAAGAAGUCGGAUUGGACGGCGGCCGCCAGGUUCUCGAUAUUACUAUCAGUGGUAACAACGACAAGCGCGAUAAAGCAAGUGGUAUUCGAUUCGGGGGAGCAUCUGUUAUAGGAGAAUAUCUUGAAAUCGAAAACACCGUGAUCUACCUCAUUUCACGUCCGUUGGCACCUCCCGCCGAUGCCUUAACUACUGCGCUUCCAUCUCUGGAAUUAUCUCAGUACCUAGCAGCAGUGUUUUCGACCUCACUUGCGGAUCGACUCAAGACAACACCACGUACCACCUUCAUGAUUCCCGUCAACGACGGUUUCAAACGACUUGGCACACUUGUUAGUAGAUACCUACUUUCGGCUUCCUCAAAAGCAGAUUUGGAGAAUGUUAUCCAACAUCACAUUCUCGAUGGCGUUGAGUACGCCAAGUCGUUGCAGAAUGGUUCACAGAAAAGCUAUCCGACCUUAGAAGGAAGCGACGUUCGUGCGGAGCGAGCCGGUAAUGGGUCCGUUUCAAUAAGCGCAAGCGGUGGCUGGACAGGAAUGCGCUCGAGUGUCGCACCCGCGAACUUACUAACAAGAACUGGUAUCAUACACGAACUGUCAGACGUUUUACUGCCUAGAUCUGUUGAUUUGACAAUUGGGAAGCUCGUCAAAGCAGCUGAUGGGUCUACGAUGACGUCGUUGAUCGUGCGCGCUGGAAUGGACUGGAUUCUUAAUGGAACCGCGCCACCAGAGGGCUCUCCCUGGGCCGAAGUGGCUGUCAAUGGUAAUGGCUGGACUCUCCUGUGUCCAACGGAUGACGCCUUCAAGGGCUUUGAGUUGACCAGACUCUAUAAUGAGUCCGACGUCUUACGCAGUAUCGUGGAGCAGCAUUUGAUUCCAGUAUCCAAACCGCAGGCACUUCAGCUAGCCAACUUAGACCCGGCUCAGACGAAUAGACCAAUUUUAUUGGAUGAUGCUGCGACCUAUACAACAGUGCGCUCGAACAGCUCUGCUUAUGGGGAUAUCGUUUUCCGCUGGAUUGGAGAUGACGACGGAAAAGGUGGGACUGGUUACUUUGUCGGUAUUAAGGAUGCUCGAGGCAAAGCCGGUGAAGAUGGUGGAGCACGUGUUCUCUCAUGGGGAAGAACGACUUCGAAUGGUGGUGUUGGUGGUGUCAUACAGAUUGACGCGGUGCUUGUUCCAUAUCGCCCGCCAUGGUGGCUAGAGUACGGUGCUCCGAUUGGAGUUGGCGUCAUCGGUAUCGCCCUCAUUCUCCUGUUCUUUUUAGGCGUGCGUGCACUCUGGCGAAGGGAUACAACAGAAGCGACGUACGAACCCCUCGGCGGUUUCACUAACAACGACGAUGAGGAGCCGUAGAGUGGGUCAUCGGCGACAAUCAAUUUAGACUGUACCUGUAUAAUUAGUUGUCUUUGUAUUUCAUAUGUUCCGAUUUGGCAAAGUGCGCUACGUAUGACACC